AUGCACGAAAUCAUCACUCUGCAGCUGGGUCAACCCAGUAAUUACGUGGCUACUCACUUCUGGAACACUCAGGUCAGACAGCCUCGCAGUCUCAUUCUGGACACUGUUAUCAUGGUCUCUCGCUCUGCCUGGCACGAUGACGAAGAGCCGACCGUCGACCACAACAUACACUGGCGGCCUGGGCGAGGCGCCGAUGGCGCCAAAACCUUCCUGCCGCGCACCGUUGUUUAUGAUCUCAAGGGCGGCUUUGGCUCACUCCGCAAAAUAAAUGCCCUUUAUGACCCCGGCGACGAUCCUUCUGCCGCACUCUCCUGGGACGGCGCAUCUGUAACCCACAAACUCCCACCCGUUGCUCCCACGGCUUAUCAGCAGAGCCUGGAUGCUGGGCUUGUGCCUCCCGAGCUCGACGAAAGUCAUGUACGCUACUGGUCAGAUUUUAGCCGCACAUUUUAUCAUCCCAAGUCGCUUAACCAGCUUUACGAUUAUGAGCUCAACUCAUCAAUCAGGCCUUUCGACAAGUGGCCCCUAGGCCAGGAGCUCUUUCAAUCUCUCGACAAGGAGCAUGACAUCGCCGACCGCGAUUUCCGUCCUUUCGUGGAGGAGGCAGACCAGAUGCAAGCCAUCCAGGUCUUUACCUCUCUCGACGAUGCCUGGGGAGGUUUUGCUGCCGAGUACCUGGAUCGCAUGCGUGAUGAGUACCCCAAAGCAACCAUACUUGUCUGGGGCCUCCACGCUUCCCAACAAAGUCGCCUUCACCUGACAAACGUUGCCCGUUCGACGGCGGCCCUCUGUGAGCAUGCCUCCCUCGUCAUACCCAUGAGGAUACCCCGCGCCGGAUUGCCUUCCAACGUCCGCCUCAACUCCGCCUCUCCAUGGCAAACGAGCGCCUUGAUGGCCACCGCAAUCGAGACAGCCGGUCUAUCGUCACGGGCCAAAUUUGGUUCGUCUCGCUACACCCUCGGCCACUUGACCGAACGCUUGAACCAGAGCGGAAAGCAGGCCUUGGCUCGACUCCAGAUGUCUGCCUCUGCUAGCUCAACUACGCCGCUAGAACCACACGACUCCAGAGCAGGGAAGCAAAUGGCAAGCGAUGAAGACCUGCCCCUGGAUAUAGAUCUCCUUGACUUGGCCAAAACGAAGCCUAGGCCAAGUCCAGACCACAGCCAUCCUCAUGUCUUUGGUAGGGAAUGGACUUGUCGUGGAUGGAACUCCCUAGCUCGAGGGCAACAGGACGAGACCGAUGUCGCAACCAGCUCAGCACGAACAGGCCGGGCUACUGAGCAUGUCCAUUCCUUUGAUAUUGCAUUCCCCCUCCUCGACAGUUUCCCGAAGAUCUACACCGCCCAAGAAACAGAGCCAAAAGAAUUCGUCGGUGUCGAAACGUGUCUGUCGACGGACAGUACAGUGUCAGAGGCUGUGAACGGAUUGCGCACGUUGACCACCCCUUUACUCGGCAUCGAAGACCGAGAAAACAUUAGCAAUGAUCUUGCAGAGCUAGCUGAGGCAUAUCGGGAUGGGUGGUCCAGUGGCAGUGACGAUGGCGACGAUAGUUGA